CUGCACCCCAUUAGAGACUCUGACCCCGCCCUGUCUGUAGCUGCAGUACAGGUCACUGAACGCACCAUCCUCUGGUGUGUUUUUAGGGAACUGUUCUCUUCUCUCUUCCUGGUGCUGUUCUCCGCCCUGCAGACCGACUCAGACUCAGUCAGUCGGUGCAGACAGCAGUGAGGGACUUUAGUCUGCAUGUAAGAAGCGAACAAGUUCAACUUUCUGCGUUUGUCUGCAGUCAAAACCUGCGCAACAUCAUGUCGCUGCCGCAGCAGCUACGAGACGAGAGUGACUUUGAUCAGCUGCCUCAUAACAUCCCCAUCAGCGCCACCAUUGCUGAUAUCGAGGAGAAGAAAGGCUUCAUUGACUACUUUGCGUUUGUGAUUGAGGUGAAGACUAAAGGAGGGAGUAAAUAUCUCAUCUACAGGAGGUACCGAGAAUUCUUCGACCUCCACCAGGUCCUCGAGUCCAAAUACUCUCCUGAAAACCAAGAGAGACCUGGACCCAACACCUGCAUCCUGCCGUCUCUUCCAGGAAAAGUCUUCAUGGGCCACAAGAAGGAGAUUGCAGAGAGCAGAAUCCCUGAACUCAACACGUACAUGAAGAGGUUGCUGGGUCUGCCAACAUGGUUGUUGCUCAACGAGGCUAUCAGGAUGUUUUUCUACCAAACGGACCAGGACAGCGAGCACCAACCGCAAAACCUCCGGCGUCUCCGCCCACCUACCCGCAAAGUGAAGACCAUCAAACCAAACAUGGACAAGUUCUCCUCCCCCAGGGCCGAGGCGAUAUUUGACUUUCGCGGCAACGGCAAGGCGGAGCUGAACCUGAAGAAGGGAGAGGUGAUCUUCCUGCUGCAACGAGUCAACACAGACUGGCUGGAGGGAACGGUGAACAAUCAGACAGGUAUUUUCCCACAAUCCUUUGUGAAGAUCAUUAAGCCCCUCCCAGAGAGCGACUCAGAAGGCGAUGGUGGCGUCCUCACCUACAGCUGUCUGCGCUGCUUCCUGCUCACCCCCUCUGGAGUCCAAACCAGAGAUGUGUGUGUUCAAGAGGACAUCACUAUCCAGCCGACCUACAAGGACCUGCUGUCUCGUAUGAGGAACGUCUUCAAGGUGGACGACAUCGCCGUGAACUACCGCGACCCCGAGGGCGACCUCAUCCGUAUCCUGGACGACGAGGACAUCCAGCUGAUGAUCAGGGAGAGCAGACGUCAGCAGGGCAAAGUCAAGAGACCUGUCAAUCAGUUUACAUGGGAACUGCAUGUGACCAUGGUGUCUGACCUCUCAGUGUACAACGCCGAGGCCUGAGAGAAGAUAACUAGUGUUCUUAUAUCAGAUCAAUGAAGUAGACCAAGUGAAUAUUGUUGCUGAUAUUCAUUUACAGCCUCAUUCAUGUUACAAAUGUCACUGUGUUUCAGUUAAUGGCCGAUACAUUUCACUUAAUAAUAAACUAAUUUAAUUACAUGUUUA